UCCCAUUUUAUAAUCUCUCUUAAAAUUAUUAUUAUUAUUAUUUUUUUUUUAUCCAAUGGAGAGCACCGAUUCAUCCUCCGGCUCCCACCACCCUCAGCUUCCGCCGGGCUUCCGUUUCCACCCUACCGAUGAAGAGCUUGUCGUCCACUAUCUUAAAAAGAAGGCUGCUUCAGCUCCGCUUCCUGUUACCAUCAUCGCUGAGGUUGAUCUCUACAAGUUUGAUCCAUGGGAGCUACCGAGUAAGGCUACGUUUGGAGAGCAAGAGUGGUACUUUUUCAGUCCUAGAGAUCGGAAGUAUCCCAACGGAGCUAGGCCUAACCGGGCUGCAACUUCAGGGUAUUGGAAAGCCACCGGAACUGAUAAGCCUAUACUAUCUUCUAAUGGAAAUCAAAAGGUCGGUGUGAAGAAAGCUCUGGUUUUUUAUGGUGGUAAGCCUCCUAAAGGGAUUAAAACUAAUUGGAUUAUGCAUGAAUAUCGCCUUGUGGAUAAUAACAAUAAUACUUCUUCAUCAAAGCCUCCUUGUGUUGAUUCAGCUAACAAGAAAGGAUCUUUAAGGCUUGAUGAUUGGGUUUUAUGCCGGAUUUACAAGAAAAACAACUCGCAAAGACCUAUGGAGAGGGAGAAGGAGGAUUCAAUGGAGGCCUUGCUUUCUUCAGUAGCAGCACAUCCAAAACUCCCAGCAGCUUCAAAACCUACAGCUUUUGUAUCGGUUCUUGAUCAAAAUGAAGAAAAUUUCUUUGAAGGGAUACUAACAGGAAACGAUGGUAUGCAAAAUAGCUCAAAUAUUAUUUCUCAGUUACUUUCUUCAAACACCAAGCCACAUAUCUUUAUACCACCCUCAGUUUCUACUUCCUAUACUCUUGCAGCAAAACGUUUACUUCCAUCUCAGUAUUGGAACGAAGCUCCUGCUGCUGCUGCUGCUGCUACAGGCUCAUCCAUGGGAGCUUCCUCGGGGAAUAAGCGUUUUCAUGGUGAUCUUAACAGUUGUAGCACAGCUACUGAUCAGGACAACACAUCCUUUGUUUCUUUGCUCAGCCAGCUUCCACAGAGUACACCAUUUCACCCUAAUACAUUUCUGGGUUCUCUUGGAGAUGGCGUUUUAAGACAACAGUUUCAGCUACCCAGCAUGAACUGGAACUCAUAGGUUUGAGAGAUCAUAGACAUAUUCAUAUGUAUAUGUAUGCAUAGACAUAUAUUUAUAGAGAGAGAUAAGGUCGAUGUAUCUGUGCAUGCGCAGUGAUUAUAAGACGAAGAUAAAGAAAGUCGAGAAGCUCUAGGUCGUUUCUUGUCUUAGAUUAUAGGCCAAGAUCAUUAGUUGCAGAGGUUUGAUUCGUCAAAAAUGGACCUAUUACAAGGCUUUGAUGAGUUAACUUCAUUGUAAGUAACCAUACAGGUGAGGUCUUUUUAUCGUAACUUUUGUUUAUG